AUGGAUAAGAAAGAAAUAGUGCUUGUUACGGGCGGUUCCGGAUUCUACGGACAACACUUGAUCAGAGUCCUGCAGGAGCGGGACAGCAAGGUGGGCGAAAUACGAGUGGUCGACCUUAACCCCUACGAGAACCGGCUCGGUCACACCGAGAGCAAGAAAGUGGUCUCGUACGUCGGCGACAUUUGUGACGCGAAAGCGAUCGAGCACGCAUUCGAGCACGUUGACUGCGUGUUUCAUUUGGCCGCGUACAUGAACUUCGACUUUCCGCCCAACUACGGCGAGCUGCAGCGGAUCAACGUGGACGGUACGGCGCAGGUGAUCGAACUGUGCCGCCGGUACAGUGUGCCCCGGCUCGUCUUUAGCAGCGACUGUCUCAUCCACAUGACACCGUACCUCGGCAAGGCCAACUUUACCAUCAUCUGCAAUCAGACGGAACCGAAGACGAAGGUCCCGGCGAAGGAGAGCGACUUCCAGAUACCGGGCUAUCCGGCGUCCAAGUGGCGGGCAGAGUGUCUUGUAAUUGAGGCCAACGACACAGCGCUCGCGAACGGUGAGAAGCUGAAAACCAUCGCAAUCCGUCCACCGGCAAUGUUCGGCGAGUGUGACGAACGGUUCGUACCGUCCAUCACGAAGGUAGCGCUAAAGUUUAACGGCAGCAUCCCGAAGCUGGCCGGCCCCGGUGGCAAGCAGCAGAUCAUCUACGCCGGCAAUGCGGCCUGGUGCUUGGUGCGCGCGAAGGACGCACUGGUCGAGAAUGCCAAAAACAUUGCCGGCUACCCGGUGUUCGUGACGGACGAGUCCGGCAUCGAGGAUACGACGCGCUUCUGUCAGCGUAUCUCGCGCGCCAACGAUACGCUCAAGCUGCGCCCGUCCAGCUACCAGCUGCCGCUGUUCGUGUCCUACUUUCUGGCGUUUCUGCUCGAGCUGCUGGUGAAGGCGUUGCAUCCGUUUACGAAAAUCAAGCUCCCGGUACCGCCGUGCGGGAUGCUGUCGUACAUGUCGUCGAUUAUGCUGUUCAAUCGGAUCCGCGCAUCGAUCUACCUGGACUACGAGCCGAUCUACAGCGAGGAGAAAGCCAUCACGAACAGUGCGCUGUGGUACGAGCGUUGGUAUCUGGAUUACUGCCAGUCGCACGGUCUGAAGAAGCUGAAAGUCAAAUGAAAGUGUA